ACAAUAAUUAACUCAAAGCUGACAAUCAACAUGCCAUUAUCCUUGUCAUCAUUCUUGUAUUCAUUGUCACAUUAUAGUUUUAUAUUAAAUUUGUCUUAUCAUUUAUGCUAAUUCAACACUCCCUUCUUCCCUGUCAUGGAAAACAAAGAGAGCCCGACAGACCCAUCUCCAAAUCCUUGUAACAGUCCAACUUCAACACCUCUCCAAACAAAUGAUAAUACCAUUGAAAAAGGAGGGAAGAAAAUGCCCAUGAAGCAGGCUAAGAGAGGAAUAAUCGUAAACAAUAAAGGAAGAAAAUAUCUUGGAGUAAGGCAAAGACCUUCAGGAAGAUGGGUUGCUGAAAUCAAAGACGCUUCACAAAAGCUGAGGUUGUGGUUAGGUACUUUCGAUACAGCAGAAGAAGCCGCCUUAAGUUAUGAUAGUGCUGCCAGGCUACUUCGAGGAAGAAAUGCAAAGACCAACUUUCCUAAUGAUCAUCAUGGAAACAUGGUGAAUACCCACCAAGAAAUUUGCAGGUUAUUAGGGAAAAACCCAAGAUUGCAUCAACUUCUUCAGCAUGCAGUCUUGAAGAACCAUGGAAAAUCAUUACUCUCUAGAAGAAUUCCAUUGGUGAAUCAAAACGAAAGGAACCAAGUUGAUUCUUCCUUCAAUUUUGAUUCGCUUGUUGAAGAUACUAUAAUAUGUUCUUCAUCUUCAGCAGAUGAUCAUGAUCAUAAUCAAGAUGGCAGCGACAAGUUUUGUGGGCUAUCAUUUGGUAGCUGUAAGGUUUAUUCUUCUGUUAUUGUAGCUCCUUCUUUCAGCGCUUCCCUAUGUCAAGUUGAAGAAAGUAAGUGCAAAGAGGCUUAGCACAUAUAACAUGUAUAUACAUCAAAUCACUUGUUCAUGCAACCAAUUUAGUCGUAAAUAAUGUUUUUUUCUUUUUCUAUUUAUUA